UCUCUCUCUCUCACGCACACCCUCUCUGUGUUGUUAUUGGCUCAUUGAAUGUCUCCACCAUCAUCCAUAUGAUUAACCACCGUAAGGCUAUGCUGAGUGCUGUGCUGCCUCUGUUCACAGCUCUGCUGUUCUGUCGCCGUCAACGUUGUUGUGUGUGAAAGCCUCGUUGCUUGGCAACGUUGCCACUGGCUGGUUGAUUGUUUCGUCGUUCGCCUCCUCUCAGGACUUACCACCACUCACUCACACUGAGUUUAAAAUAAUUUUUUCUUUACGCAUUACGUACCAUUCGCUGUUGUUACUCGUGACUGUAAGGACGUGUGUCGUGUUCGUAUCGUAUUGUGGCCAUCUAUCAUAUCUCUAACUCUUACAUCCCAAACGUCCGUCGUCGUGUGUGAGUGUGUGUUCGGAGUAGAGUUGAAGAGGAGGUGUCCACCUUACACAGUAACAAAAGAAAAAAUAAAAUAGAAAUAAUAACAACAACAAGAAGAAGAUAUAAGAAACAAUUUAUUACAAAACAAAGAGCUCUUUUCUGAUUAAAAUGUUUUAAACAAGGAGUUUUGACAUUUCAAAACACACACACAAAAAUAUCCUCAAGAAGAAACCCAAACAAUUAUUUUCCUGAAAUAUAAAAACACACAAAAAACCGAAGGAUUUUGAAAAUCCUUUCCUCCCAAAAUUUUAUUCUUUUCUACAAUUUUCGGCUUUAUCAAAAUCAUAUUUUGAUAAACACAACGGCUUCCAAAUGAAGAUGGCUUCGCAGAGAUUUUGUUUGCGAUGGAAUAACCACCAAAGUAAUUUACUAUCCGUUUUCGAUCAGCUGCUACAUGCCGAAACAUUUACGGAUGUUACAUUGGCCGUGGACGGUCAAUAUCUCAAAGCACACAAGAUGGUUCUCUCCGCCUGCAGUCCCUACUUCAAUGCCCUGUUCAUAAACCAUCCGGAAAAACAUCCCAUUGUCAUAUUAAAAGAUGUCCCUUAUGCCGAUAUGAAAUCCCUCCUAGAUUUCAUGUAUCGCGGUGAAGUUUCUGUCGAUCAGGAACGUUUAACAGCAUUUUUGCGUGUAGCCGAAAGUCUACGCAUUAAGGGUCUAACCGAAGUCAAUGAUGAUAAACCCUCAAGCAAUGAACCCACACCCCAGCCACCACAGUUGCAACGCAUCCAACCGUAUGUGGUGCAAGGCCAACAGCAGCAGCAACAACAACAGCGUCAUAAAACCCACCAAAAUAAUGGUUCACCCCUAACAACGGCUGCCGGCCAACAGAAGAGCCAGCAAGAGUCGUUACUCACACUGGCAUUGGCAUCGAUGCCCAAACGUAAACGUGAUAUGGGCAAUGAUCAUCAGUCAACGCCACAAAUUGCUAGUGUAACGGGUCAACAAAAGCCAAGACAACAGCAACAGCAGCAGCACCAAGAAUCCCUGCUAACGCUGGCCUUGGCUUCAAUGCCCAAACGUAAACGUGGCAGGCCACGUCGUUUGUCGGGCAGUGAUGAUGCUGACUAUGAUGAUUACGAUGGGGAAAUGGGUGAUGGUAAAAUGUGCAAUGAUUCGUAUUCCGGCAAUGAAGAUGGUUCCGAUGAUAAUCAAAGGGAUUCGGGAAAUAAUGAUGAUUUGAAUGAAAGUCACGACUCACUCUCACCCUCAAAGAAAGCUCAAAUGAACCAGGAACGCCAUCAACAUCACGACGAUAACAGCACAUCCGAUGGCAAUGACAGUGAUAACGAUGAACCCAUGGACACAUCUUAUAUGGAACCACAAUUAAUGUUGGAUGAAUACGAUGAACCGGUUGAAUUCAAAUACGAUCCAAAUGCCAACGAUUCACAAGAAAAUCAACUCUCCAAUAUGUCGCAACAGGCCCGCCAACAAGCAUUUCUCAUAGCCGCCCAACAGAAACAUCAACAACAAUUGGCCGAGGCAGCUGCUGCAGCGGCCGGAGGCCUGCAAAUGGCCAAUGUUGUGGGUGCGGGCGGUAUGACGGGUCAAUUGUUGAAUUCAAUGGUUAGCAUACCGAAGUUGGCGCCACUUGUCAAGCCUGUCAAGCCAAAGAUUAAUAAACGUGUUAAGUUGAAGCAAAAUGGUGUUGAUAUUAAGCCCUUUGCCAACACAACUGACUACAUGGAAAUGUUAUCCAGCAACUACAUGAAUUCCGCCCAAUUGCAAAAAAUGAAAUCUGCCCUCAGCGCCAGCACCGGCAGUCUAAAUGUCAAUUCACCACCACCCAAAACCAAAUUGAAUACAUCGUGUAAUUCCAUUAUUGAGGGCGAAGGUGAGGGCUCCGUACGUGAUUACUGUACCAAAGAGGGUGAACACACGUACCGUUGUAAGGUUUGCUCUCGCGUCUAUACACACAUAAGCAAUUUCUGUCGUCACUAUGUCACCUCCCACAAGCGUAAUGUCAAGGUCUAUCCCUGUCCGUUCUGUUUCAAAGAGUUUACACGAAAGGAUAAUAUGACGGCGCAUGUUAAAAUCAUACAUAAAAUUGAAAAUCCCACAUCAGCAUUGGCAGCGGCGGCAUCGGGCAACCCAUUGCCAAUGCCAGGACAAAUGUCGGCAUCGGGUUCACAGAAUGUGAGCGCAUCUUCGACACCAACUCCACCUGAUUUGAAUGCACAGACAUCAAAUCAAUCGUCAACUGGUGGGGGUAGUGGUAUGGGAGGAGGUGUAAUGGGUGUAGGCGGUAUGGGCGGUGGUAGUGUGAGCAUGGCUGGCGUUAUGAGCGGCUCUGGUUUGUCAUUGAAUACAUCAACACCAGCAGGAGGCUUGUCAUCAUCGGCGUCAUCUUCAUCGGUAAGCUCACCACCGGGAGCCAUGGCAACAUCGACGCCAACACCAACGCCCACUCCAACCGCAGCCACAGCAGCAGCCGCAGCGGUGGCGCAAUGAAUUAGCAUUGUGUACUAAUAUUAGUAUAUGGUUUAAGUGUAUAAAUUAUUAAGCAAAGGUUUUGGCUUUUUAUGAAAAUAGUAAAACCCCACCCCCACCACCUACCCCUCUUUAAGUUUUCAUUUCUUUAACAAGGAAUAUUAGCAAAAAAUACCCUUUUAUUUAAUUUAAACUAUUAUUAUUCUCCCCCCAAAUAUUGUUAGGCUGGGACUCAGACGUUAUAACUUUGUAAUAUAAUUUAAAAAAAAAAAAAACAAAAAUAUUUAAAUAUUUAGCUUUUAAAGUUUGUGUUGGGAGAACACAAAUCGUUUUUCAAAGGAAUUCUAUUUACAAAACACAAGAAAAAGGCUUCCAAAAUAUUCCAAAAAAAAAAAAAAAGAACGAAAUAAAUCAAAAAAUGAACGCUUCUUAAACAAAACAAUGUAAAGUAAUUUUUAUAGGAUUCUUAAUUUCCAUUAAAUAUAAUUAAAGAAAGAAACACAACAAACAACCCCCCGGUUAAAAGAUUUCUUUGUAAAAGAAACUUUGAAAAAAGUAAUUUUUCUGGGAAAAAUUUCAAAAAUUUUUUGUUAUAUUUUUUUUUUAAUUAAUUUUAUUUUACCUCCCUUUUUCUGUUAUAAUUUUUAUUUUUAUUCUUUGAAAAAUUCAGUUCUACUGUUAUGAUGUUGUGGAGUUUCCUUAGAAACUCCUGGCAAAGUUUUUUUUUUGUUUUAAUUUUAAAUGUUUUUCGAGUUUUUCUUUUAUUUUUUUUUUUCAUUUUUUGAAAAUUUCGAAUUUUCUUUAUACGGAUCUGCAAGUGAAAUUGACAAUAUAUUUCAAUAAAAAACCACGGUAAUCCUAGAUAUUUAGGAUCCCCACUAUUUGACCCCCACCAUUCUUUUUUGUCUUUAUAAGUUUGUGUGCAAUUAAUUCUAUUUUUAGACAUUUAGUUAAUAAUUUAAUUUUUAAAUAAGCAGCACUAUCCCCUAAUUAUUUUUUUAUAUAAUAAAUAUUUAUAAUUUAAAAUGUAGCAUUCACAAUAUUUUGUAAUUUCAUUUUUGGAGUUUUUUUCUUCGUACCCAUUAAUUACGUACAACAAAACAAAAUCAAAGGUUAAAACAAUUCACCAUAGAGUGCCUUAUGCCAACCAAGCAACACCUAUCGACACAUAAAGUGUACUUUGUUCCACAGCAAUCACUAGACACUAGUACUUCAUAAAACUAAACUAAAACUAAAAAAAAAAAACACAAAAAAAAAACAAACAAACUUAUCAAAAUCUUAGUUAAAUUUUUUCACACAUAUAUUUUUUAUUAAUAAUUAAGUUUAAUAUAUACUUUGUAUAGACAAAAGAAAAAAAAAACAAAAUAUAGAUGAAAUCAUUAUCAAAUCCAAGAAUAUAUCAAAAAAAUAUCUACCUUGUUGCCUUCAAAGGAAGCUAAUUCUAAUUUAACUAAUUAACAUAAUUUUUAUGGCUACUUUUAUUUUGUGUAAAUUAAUUGAAUUGCUGGUUAUAUUUUGAUUCUUUAAUUUAAAUUCAAAAAAAAAAAGGUUUAUUUAUUUGGCAUGACCUUCAAUCAUGCUGUCGCACAACCUUUUCCUAGCUCCCUCCCAAACAACUCUUAAUCUUUCUUUCUACCAUAUUUUUAUAACUCACAACAAAACCCCCAUUUGUUUUCUCUUGUAAUAUAACAUUUGUUUUUUUUUAUUAAAUAAUAUUUAUAUGAUUUUUUUGCAAAAGAAAAUAUAUAAAUCGGAGGCUUAAUAAUAUCGCCAAAGAACUAAUUUUUUUUAUAAAUUACCUACCUACCCCAUAAUUAAUUAUUAAAACAAGCAAAA